CAAAAAAAAAAAAAGUUUGGUGUUCUACAAAAUAUAUCUCGUAUCGUCGUCGUCGUCUGUAACUUCUGUAAUUUGUGGUUCGCGAUUUUCCGUUUUCGGUUUUCUGUUCGAUGGUGCAAAAGUGUGCAAUUGUUCUCUAGCCGUUGUGUCUCGUUUUGUCGGUGUGCUGUUGUUACGUUGUGCGAGAUCUGUCCCCGGUUUGGGCGUCGUGACGCGGUCGUUUUUUGGUGGUGGAUUUUCUCCGACGUUGACCCUUUUCAAGCCAGCUCAGUCCAAAUCCGCAAAGGAACCAGUUUCACGCCAAGCCGAGUCGACCCGCAGCCCAAGUGUCGACAUAAUUGUUCUAUUGUUCUACCUGCAAAUUGGGCUGGCUUUCGAGUUUCGAGCUUUCAUCGGUGCGUGUGUUUACUACAGGUGAACAGUGAAAAACUGCUGUGUGUUCAUAAAUUUUAAGCAACUUUUUGCUUUCCCCCCGCCUCGGGCAAACUUUUCUUCAACCUUCCUCACAAAAGUGUACUGAAAAGCUCCGUGAGUGGGCCGAGCGCGCGCGUGAGUUGUGCUUUAUUUUCCCGCCGUAAGUCAGUGUUUUUCCGUUAUCUGUAUACUCUCGCUGCAAAGAAGAAGCAACUAAAAGCCCAACGAGUGACAACCAGCGUACGACGACGUGGUAGUGAGUGAGUGCUCCAUUUACAGGCAGCAGUGUUGUGAGUUACGAGAAGGAGGUGUGAAGAAAAAAGUUGUUAAGUUUUAAGUAAGAAAACAAAAACUAAACUCACCAAAAGCAAGAUGGCGGCCUUCAUCGCGAAGCAAAUGGUUGGCAACCAGCUGAGUGCAGUUAAAGGAGCUGCCGGAGGCGCUGUUGGUGGAGAUGGCGGCGACGAUGAGACCGACAAAGAGAAGGAGGAGGAGGCCGAGCGCGAGCGCCAGGAGGCAAUCCGCGAGGCCGAGGAGCGACGAAAGGAGAAGCACCGCAAGAUGGAGGAGGAGCGGGAAAAGAUGCGACAGGAAAUCCGAGACAAAUAUAAAAUAAUGAAAAAGGAGGAAGUGGUCGAACAGGCACCGCAGGAAGAACCGAACCCGCUGAUGCGGAAAAAGAAAACGCCCGAGGAGCUGGCGGCCGAGGCGGAACAGGAGGAUCUGGACGACUUCACGAAUGGCGAUCCGUCAGCCGGUAAAGGAAAGUUGAAAAACUCCAUAGAAACGCAGGUGAACGAGAUCAAAACGCAGAUCGAGGGAAAAUGCUCCUUACAGUGAUUAUCCAUCAUCCGUAUUCAGCAGUAUAUUCAAUAAUAUUAAACUUAAUUUAAAACCAAGUGAAAAAGGAAUAAGAAAACAGCAGAAUGCAAAUAUUAUAGAAGAAAAAAACAAAAAUAGUAAUUAUUUAAUGAAAAACAUGAAAAAUAAGUACUUAAAAGAACACAUAUUUAAAUGUAAAGUUUUAAAUUAAACUUCAAAACAAGGAAAACAUAAGAGAACAAGAAUGGAGAGAACAGAAAAAAAAACAUACAGUUUAAGAGCCUGCAUUAAUCACCAUCACGACCACCACCAAACCAACGACAGCAACAUCAUGUAAACACAGGAAACUUACCCAACCAAAUACAGGAGACAUGCACCGUAAAUAAAGCAUAGCAAAAAGUAAAACAAAGAAAAACAAAUGUAGUAAACAAAAAAACAACGCAAAACCCACACCACUGAUAGCGCGCGACACACACAUACGAAAAACACCCACACACUCACACAUGUGCAGCACAGCCUCCGUUUAGUGAAUCAUUUAGAACAGAAACACGCUCAUGUCAAAUCACUGAAAACAAGAACAAGGAAAUAGAAAGGAGUACAUUGUUAAAUAGGGACACCCAGGUGAAUCAACUGAUUAUAUUGACAGAAAAAAAAAAACAAAAACAAAAAACAACAUGUGAUUAUUAUUAAAAACUGAACAAAGCAUCCAUUGUUCACUCCGAUGUUUCCAAAGAAAGAGCGAGAAAUAAUAAUAAAAAAAAAAACAUUUCAGUUUGCAACGUUUUGUUUAGAAAGACAACAAGAAAUGAAAUCGAGAAACUGGCAGUGAAAGGGUCAGAAAAUCAGUGACUAGUAUUGUGAUAAGCCGUCAAAAAGCACUUGGUGAAAAAAAAAGAAAAUAGAGGAAACGAAAAUGUAAACAAACACGUGUGUGAAGAGGUUUAUGGACGACGAAACGA